AGUUCGAUACUUUCCGUGCCCCCGACGUUGUGUCCUUUGGAAGUGCACUUUAUAUGACCUUCCUCACUUCACCCAUGAAAAGGCCCCAUUUCUUGUUACCCUUAAUUGCUGACCCGCCUAUACCAUAUCCUAGCGUUUCAUAGCUCGGUAGGGGGUGGGGUGCUGACAAGAAGCAGAAUGGAUCAAAGGUUGAAAUCAUUUGGCGAAGGUAUGGGGUCGUGGAACUCUUAGGCUAGUUUACAGUGGAGUUUUAUCUACCCGUACUUCUUUUUGAAUUAGAGGACACUUCUGCUUGUGCCUUCUGUUUGUGCCUUUCUGAAUUGUCUGCCUUCCUUUCUACCUAUACCCAAUGGCCGCAGGAUAUCAAGUGAGUAGAAGUUGUUUUACCGGUUUACUGUCCUACCCAAUGCUUACAUAUCACGACGCAAAAGAAAAUAGUCCCCAUCAUAUUCAUUCAGCAAUAAUUACAAAACAGUAAAGCAUUAAAGAAAAGUACGUAUUUCUGUACUUCUUGCUAAUGCAAACAUUAUUUAAAAAUAAAUUUCCUAUUUUCCUAUUUCUUAAAUUGCUUUUACUUCACAUUGCGCAUUGUGACACCUGGCUGCUGUGUGAUGCGUCAAGAAGACCUAUAUUACAGACAAGCAUAUACAUAUUUAUAUAUAUAGUAGAGUGAGUGAGACUUCUUACAGACAAGCCAUUCGAAGCGAAAGAAGGUGAUCAAUAGAAAAAUGGCAUCCGUCGAAGGCGUCACAAUCCGGUUCGCUGAGUAUGAAGACGAGGAAAACAUCCUCAAAAUCAAGGUUCAUGAAGACGACAUGAAGAACAAGGAGUUCGACGAUCUUGAAGACGCUCUGGAUGACGCCUUUGAGGAGCAAGAGGAGCUCGAAGAAGAAGAAGAAGAAGAAGAGGAAGGAAAAGGAGGAGAAGACGACGAAUCCACCUUCAUGUUUGUGGCUGAAAUAGAAAGUGAACUGAUCGGCUUUGCGAUGCUGAGUCUAGUGGAUGAGGAUGGCGAAGCCGGGUUAAUCAGUGACAUACGGGUGGCGGAAACAUGGCGGGAUAAGAACGUGUACCAAAUGAUGUACCAGCACAUCAUCGACUUUGCAAAACGCGAGUUAGAAAUAAAACACAUCCGAACUACGGUCCACAAGUACCCAGAGGGAACCACCACAGAGGAGAUUUGCAAAACUGUUUACGUUGCCUUCGAGGGUAAUGCGAAGACUCUGCGAGACACGCUCCUGACUGUACCAGGGAUAGACGACCUUCCGCUCUCAACCGUGGUCCCCUACCAGCAACGCCACAUGCGGCAGCUACUCCACUCACAUGCCGCCGUCGGACAGAACAUCCUCACCAACGGCGUCUUCUUUGCUGACAUGGAAUCUUACACCAUGUGCAAAGAAAACCUAGCCGAUUUAGCAGAGGAAGAGCUCUGUAUGUUUGUUGAUAAGAACAAGCCAAUCAAAAGCAUAAGUUUUGGCCAUGAUUUUGAUUCUGAUAGGGCAGCAGUCUGCACUAUUGAUAUAAACUGCAAAGAUGCUGAGCUUAUCAAAUGUCACAUCAUCAAACACAUGCAGAGGGCAUGCAAGGAGGUUGACGGGCAAAUUGUAUUUUUGAUCUUAGUGACUGAUCAUGACUUCGAAGAUGAGAUUAAGGCAUUUUGCAAUGGCAUCGAGGGAUUGAAAGAGGAGGAAAAAUACAGGGAAUCUUACACUUUGUCAAAGAUUGUCCUGAAAUCUGACGAUGAGUAAAGCACUAGGGUGUUAGUGUGAUGAGCAGUUAGUGUUUUCUUUGCAAGAAAUUUUAGUUACGAUCAUAAUUUCUGUACACACCAAGAACCGUUGACAUAUGGUUCAUGUCUAUUAUAUUGGCCGUAAGUUGAUUUGACGUGAAAUCUACAUUCCCUUUUUUUGCUUCAUGUAAGGAUUCUUUUCGUUCUGUACAAAAUAGGUACUAAACAAGAGAUUCGGGUGAGGUGGGAAAACAAGAAGGAUUGUUGUACAGCUUUGUGACAAGUAUGCUCAUGUUAAUUUUUAGCAUAACGACCAAUCUUUUAUUGUAUAUCGGCCCACAGAUUAUUUUUGCAUUAGAAAUAUGCAUGUAAAACACCAUACAAAUAUCUACACUAGCUGUCACAUCAAUAACAAUACAAUCCUCUGGAUUACGUGAUUUAUUAUACUUAAUGUAUUGGCACAAAAGACAUAACAAACUGGAAAGAUGUUCUUACUGACUCUCCAUGUACCAUCUUUUUAAUUAUAGCUAUUGGUAAUUUGUUUUUCGAGACUGUUUCGGAUUAUCUAGCUGGUAUAACAUGGUACAUGUAUGCGUAUUGACCUGUCCUGUCAAAGUUCCUUUUAUUGCAUAUUGAAUUAUGCAUGUGACGUAUUUUGGAGGAUUUGACCACAAAUAAAUGAUGU